GCAAGCGCGCCCUGCGGUAGUGAAGUGGUACACCGGAGAGCAUGCUUUCUCUUAUUUUCGCGGCUUGCAUAGCCGUAGCAUGCGCCCUCCCUUCAUACAUAGCGGUGCCCGCGGACCAGAUAGCCUUCGUGGACCUCACAGCGUUGAGAGCUCGACGGGUUCCGAGGCAAACACUGGCUCCGCCACCACCGCAACUGCCAGAAGCUUUGUAUGAAGACAAUUAUCAACCGAUACCACUACAGAACUACCAGCAAGGAACUGUAGCGCUCGCCCCACCUCCUGCGCCAGAAGCCCCAAGAGUACAAGCGCAAGAUGGGGCUUCUAGUGAAACCAACAUAGGCGCAGUCUCCCAAUACGCCGAAAGACCACCAGACUUCGGGGAAUACGUUGACUUCGGUGCUCACACCGGGGACAACGGUGCUUUCGGCUGGUAUGCCGAUUAUCCCGUUAAUAACCAGGAUACAUCGGGAUAUAGGAAGUAGGAUAUAAAAUGAAUGCACCCAUCGCAAUAUCUGUUGAGCGAAUUGGGUACAAAACUUCAGUAUUUUAUAGAAUAUCUUUUUUAAAAUCUAUUAAGACUUAGAAAUAGUAGAUGAGAAAAAUUCUUGCCAAUAAUUUUGGAUAUGGCAUCAAAACUCGAAUUACCAAAGACAGUAUUUUCAAGUGAUAUAAUUAUUUUAAUUGUAAGCCGAAUUACCGCACAUUUGUUUCAAACGGUGAAUUCCGCUAAGCACUUUUUCAAUAAUGUUCCUCUACAUUAGAUUUAGGUUGACAAAGUACACUGUGAUAUGCCACCAGGGUAGUUCAAAUUUAUAUAACACCUUUUUAUAAAUCUUUUCUACAUCUUGACUUCUCACUGCUUUAUCUUUUUCUUUUGCAUAUUUCACUCUAUUAACUCUAUCUUUUUUUCUUUAUCUAUUUCCUCUUUAUAUAUAAACGCUCUGUUUUUAUCUAUUAUUUCUUUUCUUCUUUCAUCUAUACCCUUUCCGCUACUUCACGCUUCACUUCACGCUCUAUACUAUGCUUUUUGCUUUUACAUUCUGCUCUACUUUUAACUUUUUUUAUCUUAUAUAAUAAAGAACAACCGAUGUAUUCAAUAGUUGCUCCUAUUUCAACUUUGAUACAUAUAAAAUCACACUACAUGUAAUAUGAUUUAUUCUAAUGUUCUUAAACUAUUCACUUUUAAACGCUGUCAAUUCUUCUAUAAUUAAUUUUAAUUUAGUUUGCUCUUCUAAAUCUUUCUUCAUUUUCCGUAUUACUUUUUUUAAUGAUCGUUUAAAUAUAUGUUCUAUUUUCAUUUCUUAUUCUUUACCUAUUUUACUUCACUUGAAACUUCACUUCUUAUUGUUCUUUUUCUAUUGUUCAUUUCAAAUCUUUAAUUUUACUCUUCACACUUGACUUCAUUCAAUUCAUCUUUAACUUUGUCUUUAUAACAAAGGCACAAUAAAGUUCAUCGUCCCAUUUUCUCUUUACAUUUAUUUUUUACUAUGUUUCAUAUUUUUUCAUUUAAUCUUUUUUAUUUCUUUUAACUUCUUUAUCACAUUUUUCAUCUUGAAUUUCGUUCAUUUACUUUUACCUUAACUUUACACUUAAAUUCAGAUUUUAUCAAACAUUCAUAUUUUUCAUUCUUUAAUUGUUCUCUACUCACCUACGUUUUAAUCUUCUCUUUUUCGUUCUACCUAAUUCUCACUUAAUUCAGCCAUAAAUCAUUUCUCUAAAUUCUCUUGCUCUAUUAUUAUUUCUAUUAUAUUUCAAUGAUAAAGCUAAUUUGUUGUUUACUUGUUUCUUUUUUUAAUUUUAUUUUGUUCUAUUCUUGCUCUAUCUAUUGACGUGCUAUUUCUACUUUACAAUUUUUAUUAUUUAUAAUAAUUAUUUAUGUUCUGUCUUCACUUUUACUUUACUUUUUUCGUAAAGUCUCAUACUUUUGAUCUUUAAACAAUCUCUUUCUUAAUUUCAUUUCAUAAUUCUACUACAUUACAUCGUUCUAUGUGUUCAAUUAUAAUUUUUUCAUACUCAUUUUCUCUCUCAUUACUGUUACUUUUUACUUACCUUGAUUUUUCUUUAAGCAACUCUUUCUACGUUUGAUAUACUUUUUUUAAUCUUGAUACAUUUUCAUAUGACUUUCUCUGACUAUCACUCAAUCAUUUAACAUUAUACUUAUUUUAUUAAAAUACAAUUUUUAUACUUACUUACUAAAUUUCUUCACAUCAUUCCUAUAAAGUCACAUCAUAUCACAUCUGUUUCUUUUUUAUUCUGUUCCUUAUGUCACCAAUUACAAUUGAAAUUCUUGAAAAAGAUUAAUCAUUAUCACAAUUGAUCUUUCUAUUACAUUUACAUCUCAUUAAUAUUACGUAGAAAUCAUUUUAUGCCACGUCAUCACUUCCUUGAUGUUAUCAUAUUAAUACCAUUAUUGAUAUAAUGUCAAAACUUAUCAAUAACUUAUUCCUCAUAAUUUCAUAUUAAUACAAAUCAUUCUUAUGAAAUAAUUCUUUUUACUUUUCUCUUUUAAUGUCUUAAAUAUCUUGCAUUGUUUACUCUAUCUGUUUAAUUUCUUUCUUCGCAAAUACCUCCUAUCUCUUGUUUUCUUUUCACGAUCUUUAAUAGUUUUUACUUUUAAAUAUCUAUAAUAUCUAGAGCAAAAUAUUUGUUUGUUUAUUUUUUUAUCUAUUAUUACAGUACCACCCACCUCAUAUUCUAUGAGCUAUUCUAAACUACACCGUUAGCUGCCUGGAAGAGAUCGCUACGUAGCGAUAUAUAAGGUCGCCAAAAUUGUACGCCUCUUUUAUUUAGGUUGUAUCCAUGUUAUAUUUAUUUACUUUUUCUUUGUGACUUUUUAAAAACACUAUUAUUUCUUUUUCGUUUUUCAUCUUUUUGACUCUAAUUCUGCUUCUUAUUUUUCAUUGGUAUAUAUUUACUAUCCUAUGACUUCGAUAUAGUACCGAUUAUUAUUUAUCUUCUUAUUCACAGCAUAUUUAUUUCUAAUCUAUCAAAAUACUUGAGCUACUUAUCUUUUUACUCUGUCAUCUCUAUCAUCUAUUGCUUUUACGAUAUAUCUUAGGGAAUAUUUUCUCUUACUUCACAAGAGUCAUGCUAUAAUAAAAUAGCUACAUUGAUUUGUUGAUAUUUAAAAUUUCAUUUACCGUUUCUGUGCUGACUCGUAUUCUUACCUAUUCUCCUCUAUAUUCUUAUAUAUAUUAUAUAUUUCACUUUAUUCAUUUACUAUAUCAUCUUUUUAUAUAAGUACUUAUGUUCUAUUCUUUUCUGUAACUUUCUUACCUCUCUUCUCUUCUCUAUUUUUCCAUAUUUACUAUUAAACAAUGCAUAAUACUGAUAUAUAUUCUUUGAUUUACUAUAACUUCUGAUUCUGUUACUUCAUUUCUUUUUUCCGUCACUUACACUUGUACUGUUUUAUCUUUUUACAAUUCUUUAUUUCUUCUACUUCAUACUAUCUGUUUGCUUUUGUCGUAAUAAGUAUUAAGCAAUUCUUUCUUUAUUUGCUUCGCUUCUUCUUUAUGUUUUUAUAUAUAUUCUUUUUAGUAGAGAUAUUCUGUAAGAAGAAACUCGAAACACAACUCAGAAAACAAGCGUGAAAUAUCAUAAUGUGAUACAUUUCAUUACAUAUGUACAUUAACUAUAAUAAUUAUUAAAUUAAUAAGAUACACGUACUAAACGUCGUUUGUCAACAUUUCACGUGUGUGACAUAAAUUCUUACAGAAUCGCACUGCUCAUCUUUUUUCUCACUACAUCUGUUUUAUGCUCUUAUUAGGAACUACCUGGUGAUUUAGAACAAAUUAGAAUAACGCACAAAAUGUUGUUACAUGUUAUUGUUAUUAAACGAAUGUUGUUCUCAGGAAUAACAGUAA